AUGGACCUCCCCCUCAUUGGCCCCAUCCUGCGAUGGCUGCAGGCCACCUUCUUCUCCAAGCAGCUCCAGAUCGUCAUCCUUGGCCUGCAGUCGGCAGGCAAGACGUCGCUGGUUAAUGUGAUCAGUAGCGGGCAAUUUGCCGAGGAGAUGGUGCCCACUGUAGGGUUCAAUAUGAGGAAAGUGCAAAGAGGCAAUGUGCAGAUCAAGAUGUGGGAUAUUGGCGGCCAACCAAGGUUCCGCUCGAUGUGGGAGAGGUACUGUCGUGGCGUCUCCGCCAUCGUCUUCGUCGUCGACUCCGCAAUACCUCGGCCACCCACAUCCUCAGCCCCUUCAACGAAAGGCGAGACAGCCAACAGCGUGGACAGUCUGACCUCCAACAAAGCCGAACAGCAGGCCUCCUCACCCGCGCAGCAAACCUCCGACUCACCAGCGCAAGCCCCCAUCGACCCCUCAGCGGAUCGCUCCACCCGCCAAGCCAACCUGACCGCCGCUGCCGGCUCGGGGUCAGCAUCUAGUCGCUUGGCAAAUAUUGCCUGGCAUACGGCGACGGAGGAGCUUCAUGCAUUGGUUUCGAGGCCGGAGCUCUCGGGGAUCCCGCUGCUGGUGUUGGCGACGAAGAAUGAUGUCAAGGGCGCCGCGAGCGUUGAAGAGGUGAUACGGGUCAUGCGCCUGGACACGCUGCGCAAUCGUGAGGUUUCAUGCUACUCCAUCUCGUCAAAGACGCAGUCCAACAUCCCGAGGACGCUGCAAUGGCUUUGUAAUCGCCAGCCUGUAGCAGUUUGA